GUUUGUCUCCUGCCGGCGCUGGUAGCGGCUGCCGCUCCGGCCGCCCCCCGCCCCCGCUUCCUGUGAGGAGCGAAUGGAAAGUCUGGCCCCGGUGCCCGCGAGUAUACAGUAAAAACCCUAGAACAGGGAGAAUGCACCAUGGAAAUGGUCCUCAGAAUGCCCAGCGCCAGCUCCAGAGGUCCAGGUCCUUCACAGGCAGUGAGGGAGAAGACCAACAGGCAAAUUUACCCCAGUCCCCUGCAGCUUCUUUUGCACCUUCUGCAAGUCCAUCUGCGCCCCAGUCCCCCAGUUACCAAAUACAGCAGUUUAUAAUGAGUCGAAGCCCAGUAGCUGGGCAGAAUGUGAACAUCACCCUGCAAAACGUUGGCCCGGUGGCUUCAGGAAACCAGCAGAUAACGCUUACCCCAUUGCCGAUUCCAAACCCAACAUCGCCGAGUUUUCAGUUCAGUCCUCAGCAGAGGCGCUUUGAACAUGGCUCUCCAUCCUACAUCCAAGUUACUUCACCACUGCCUCAACAAGUUCAGUCUCAAAGCCCUACACAGCCUAACCCUGUGCCAGUGCAGACCUUACCAAAUGUUCGGGCAGGCACUCCAGGCCCUGGCUUGGGGAUGUGCAGCCAGAGCCCUACUAGAGGAUUUGUCGAUGCUAGUGUGCUUGUGAGACAGAUCAGCUUGAGUCCUUCCAACGGUGGACACUUCAUGUAUCAAGAAGGACCGGGAAUUGCACAAAUAGCUCAAGGAGCUGCUGCACAAGUACAGCUUCCAUCUUCGGGGACGCCUGCUACUGUGAGGGAGCGCAGGCUUUCACAGCCUCACUCCCAGUCUGGGGGCACCAUUCAUCAUCUUGGUCCUCAAAGCCCUGUAGCUAGUGGAGCAAAUAUGCAGUCUUUGACUAGCCCCGGCCAUAUUACGACGACCAGCUUGCCACCUCAAAUCAGCAAUAUUAUCCAAGGGCAACUUAUGCAGCAGCAGCAGCAAGUCCUUCAAGGGCAGCAGCUGGGUAGACCCAUUGGAUAUGACAGGACUUCUGGUGGAUUGAUAGCAGGAGUUGGAGGACCUAGUGCAUUUGGGAUGACAUCACCACCUCCUCCCACAAGUCCUUCCCGGGCCACUGUACCCCAGGGACUGUCGAGCCUUCCUCUUACUCCUACAGUUAGUACGGCAGUGAAAAAACAACCCAAAAAAUUGGAGGAGAUUCCUCCUGCCAACCAAGAGACUGCUCAAAUGAGAAAACAAUGUUUGGAUCAUCACCACAAGCAGAUGGAAAUUCUUAAGGAAACUUUCAAGGAAUGUUUGAUUGAACUGUUUUUCCUGCAACAUCUUCAAGGGAAUAUGAUGGACUUUUUAGCUUUUAAGAAGAAACAUUGUGUUCCACUGCAAGCAUACCUGAGACAAAAUGACUUGGAUCUGGAGGAGGAAGAGGAGGAAGAACAAUCUGAGGUCAUCAAUGAUGAGCCAACGCAUACAGGGACUCCAGUAACGGGGACUGUGAACACCAUAGAAAUUGAAGCUUUUAAGAGGCAGCAGGCACUUGCACCAGCAGAUUCGUCUAAGAGACCACGAAUUGAAGUGGGCCGUCAUGGGAUGGUUUUUCAGCACCCGGGUGUGGCUUCAGGAGUUCCUCUUCAACAGCUAAUGCCAACGGCACAAGGUGGAAUGCCUCCCACUCCUCAAACUGUACAGCUGACUGGACAGAAACAGAGUCAACAACAGUAUGACCCAUCUAAAGGCCCUCCUGUGCAGAACGCAGCAAGCCUGCAUACACCGCCACCGCAGCUGCCAGGGAGACUGCAACCUGCCAACAUCCCCAUGACAUCUCUCCCAGCUGCACUGCAGCUUUCACAGCAGCAGCCACAGAUAGUGGAAUCUCCAUCUCAGCCUCAGAUUCAGGUGAAGAUCCAGCCUCAAAGUGUGCCCCUGACUUCUGCUCCACUUCCAGCAGCACUUCAACAGCAGGUGCCAUCAGCAAUCCACGUGCAAGGACAAACAUCGAACCAAGUGUCGCAGCCACCAGCUACAAUACAGCAACAGACUGUGGCUCUGACACGACCAUCUGCAGAUCCUGCUCAGACUUCUCAGCGCCUUGUGGCAAAUACAGUACCACCUACCUCAUCCGUGGUGCCAGCAACUGUCUCGGGCACGACACCGCCUUCUGCGUAUCCUGUACAAACAAACAGAACCUCUCCAGCAACUAACAAGUUGCUGUCUCCUGUUGCAUCAAAACCUCCAGGCUUAGCAGUAGCAGCAGCACCUAAAACACAAAGUCCAGCUCAGAAUGCAGCAGCAGUACCACAGGACAACUCUCAAGACAAGCUUGCUGAGCAAGUAAAGCUGGAAAAUCAAAUCCAUCAGCGAAUAGCAGAACUGAGAAAGGAAGGUUUAUGGUCCCUCAGGCGGCUGCCUAAACUCCAGGAGGCUCCAAGACCAAAAUCUCACUGGGAUUAUUUGCUGGAGGAAAUGCAGUGGAUGGCAACUGAUUUUGCCCAAGAGAGGAAGUGGAAGAUGGCAACUGCUAAGAAGAUGAUAAGAACUGUGGCUCGUUACCAUGAAGAGAAGAAACUUAAUGAAGAGCGAGCUAAAAGGGAAGAACAAAACAAACUAAGGCGAAUUGCUGCAUCUAUUGCUAGAGAAAUAGAGUAUUUCUGGUCUAACAUUGAACAGGUUGUUGAAAUAAAACUGCAAAUUGAAUUUCAAGAGAAAAGGAGAAAAGCUUUGAAUUUAAAGAGAAUUUCAAGGAAAGGUAAGGAUACAAAAUCUGCAGAAGACCUUUUAUUGGAAAAAGAAAGUGAAAUGGGUUGUUCAUCAUCUGGAAGGAAAAGGAAGGCAAGCACAUCGUUGACAGAUGAGGAAGUUGAAGAUGAGGAAGAUACAAUUGAAGAACAAGAAGCUAAAGAGGGAAACAUAAACCAUCAAACCGAAUUAGCCAAUCUAGCCAAGGAAGCUGAAUUGCCGCUGGAAGAUUUACUAAAGAUGUAUGAAGGUGCCUUUGCAGAAAACUUUCACUGGCCGCAGCCAAAGGCUGACAGUGAAGAGGAUAGCAGUGAGGAAGAAAUGGAAGAUCAUAUGUCUGAUAGGGAAAGUCCUCAGAAAGAUGUUGUUCUCAUAGACUCCCUUCUCAGCAUUGACCAGUACAAAGGUAUAGACAGAUCAAGUCCUCCCAAGAAGCAUAUGCGAGACAUAGCAGAAGUUGCUGCUGCAGCAGAAAUGCUGUUACCUAAAGGCAGCUCUAGAAUAACAACAGCGAUAAAAUACAAUACUCCAUCACUGCUGUUUGGGCCUCUCAGAGAAUAUCAAAAGAUUGGGCUGGAUUGGCUGGCAAAACUGUACAGGAAGAAUCUCAAUGGCAUUCUGGCAGAUGAGGCUGGGCUUGGAAAAACAGUACAAAUUAUUGCCUUUUUUGCCCACUUGGCUUGUAAUGAAGGUAAUUGGGGCCCUCAUCUCGUUGUUGUACGGAGCUGCAACAUACUGAAAUGGGAGCUGGAGUUGAAACGCUGGUGCCCGGGCUUGAAAAUACUUCUCUACUUUGGCAGCCAAAGGGAACUUAGAGCAAAAAGACAGGAAUGGACAGAGCCCAACAGCUUCAAUGUGUGUAUCACUUCCUACAAACAGCUGUUCAAAGGCCACCCAGCAUUUAUGAAAAUGAGAUGGAAAUACUUAAUAGUAGACGAGAUGCAACAAAUAAAGAACAUGACUGAGAAGCACUGGGAGGCACUUUUCAGUCUCCGCAGCCAGCAUCGUUUGCUUCUGAUAGACACUCCUUUGCAUAACACAUUGAUGGAGUUGUGGACCAUGGUGCAUUUUCUGAUUCCGGGAAUCUCCAGACCAUAUCUAGAUUUCCCAGUAAAAGCACCUAAUGAGGAGAACCAAGAUUAUUGCCAUAAACUGGUCAUCAGGUUACACAGAAUGAUUCAGCCAUUUAUCUUGCGAAGAUCAAAGAGAGAUGUGGAAAAGCAGCUGACAAAGAAAUAUGAACAUGUGCUGAAGUGUCGUCUUUCUAGUCGACAAAAAGCUAUGUAUGAAGAUGUCAUAUUACAGCCAGGAACCCAAGAAGCCCUCAAAAGUGGACACUUCAUCAGUGUGCUGCAUGUCCUGAUGCAGCUGCAACGGAUUUGUAAUCACCCUGAUCUGAUAAACCCCAGGCUUUUAAGUACUUCUUAUGUAUCAGAAACGCUGGAAUACAGGACUGCAUCUCUGGUACUGAGUGCCCUAGAAAGGGAUAUUUGGAAGGAAUCAGAUCUGUCUCUUUUUGAUCUCAUUGGAAUGGAAAACAAAAUGACCCAGUAUGAAGCACAAGUGCUGCCAAAACAAAAGGUUACUAGGAAGUUGAUUGAAGAAAUCUACAGCUCCCCUCCACCACCAGCUAGGCCCAACCCAGUGAAGCUCAAACCAAGCAGGUUGUUUCAGCCUGUUCAGUAUGGUCAGAAGCCUGAGGGAAGGACUGUAGUUUUCCCAAGCACUCAAGUACAACGCACAGUUACUACAGCUACAGUAACUCAACAGGGGCAAGUACGAGGAAGAUCGCCCAUAGCUACGGUGUCUUCAAAUCAAGCCGCAGCAGCACAGUUUCAGACAACUCAGGCUUCCACCAGUGCUCCAAGACACCAGCCCGCAGCGACCUUCACCACAGCAACUAGCACAGCCAACCCUGUGAAACCGCGGGGCCAGACCUCUGCGCAGGCCUCUCCGCUAGGCCAGGCCCAGCCACAGGCCCCCUCGCACACCAUCCAACAGAGUGUGCUGCCUCAGAGGCUGGUACUGACCUCUCAGGCCCAGGCACGGUUGCCUAGUGGUGAGGUAGUAAAAAUAGCCCAGCUGGCUUCUAUAGCAGGAGCACAAGGCAGGAUCGCUCAGCCAGAGACCCCUGUAACACUGCAGUUCCAAGGGAACAAGUUCACUUUAUCACAUAGUCAACUUCGCCAGCUGACUGCAGGGCAACCCUUGCAGUUACAAGGAAGUGUUCUUCAGAUUGUUUCAGCACCUGGGCAGCAGUAUUUGAGACCACAGGGUCCGGUUGUAAUGCAGACAGUUUCUCAAGCAGGAACUGUUCAGAAUGCUCUGAAUGCUUUAGGAAACCAACAUCAAGCAGGUGUCCCAACUUCCACAGCAGUGACACAGCAAGUUUGUAUUCCAGGUAGAACUGCAGUUACUGGUUUGUCAUCUGGUGACAUGGGAGCAGCGUUAAAACCAGCACUUACACAUGGACAGUCACAGGAAACAUAUGAAGAAAAGAACCGGCUUUUGAAGGAGCGUCUGGACAGAAUAUUUUCUGGCAAUGAGCGCCGUUGUUCCCGGGCCCCAAUGUAUGGCAGAGACUUGCUGAGUGCUUGUUCUUUGACUGGUGAAAGAAAGCCCUCUCAACUGUCUUCCAGUGAAGACAACAGUUGGAGGUGGGCUGGCUUUGUGAACUGUUGCCUUUCUUCAAGUGCCUCUGGAGGCCCAAGUAACCCGCUGCAAGAAAUGAUCCUGACUUUGUUUCAGCAACAAGAAUCUCUAAAGGACGUUGUUAACAGGGCUCUCUUUGUAUUGCCAGCUGCAGUUGCUGCUCCCCCAUCUUUAUAUGUAGCAAAUCCUCCUCCUUUGUAUAGUCACAGAUUGAAACUCCUUAAGCACAGACUUAAGCAGCAGGCAGCUCCACACUUGCAUCAGUUGCAACAGAUUACAACUCCUCACUUGCUACAGUUCCCUGACCUCCGGCUGGUGCAGUAUGACUCAGGAAAAUUAGAAGCUCUUGCUGUCUUACUUCAAAAGUUGAAAUCUGAAGGGCGCCGUGUGCUGAUUUUGUCACAGAUGAUUCUGAUGCUGGACAUACUGGAAUUGUUCCUGAAUUUCCAUUUCCUCACCUUUGUGAGGAUUGAUGAAUAUGCUAACCAUGAACAACGGCAGGAGCUGAUGAAGAUAUUCAACAGAGACAAGCGCAUUUUCUGUGCCAUCCUCUCCUCUCACAGUCGUUCCACCGGAGUCAAUCUUGUUGAGGCAGACACUGUUGUGUUCUAUGACAAUGACCUAAACCCAGUGAUGGAUGCAAAAGCUCAGGAAUGGUGUGACAGAAUUGGGAGAUGUAAAGAUAUCCAUAUAUACAGGCUUGUCAGUGGUAAUUCUGUAGAAGAGAAGCUUUUGAAAAACGGCACAAAAGACUUGAUCAGAGAAGUAGCUGCUCAGGGAAAUGACUACUCAAUGGCCUUUUUAACACAGCAAACAAUUCAGGAAUUGUUUGAGGUUCAUUCUCCUAUGGAGGAUUCUGGAUUUAGAGUGAAAGCAGAAGAAUUUGUAGUACUUUCUCAAGAGCCAUCUCCAGCAGAAAAUAUUUCACCUAAAGUUGCAAGACCAUUCAUAGAGGCCCUCAACAGUAUUGAGCACGAGGAUGAGGAGUGCCUUGAACGCAUACAAGAGAUAGGAUCUGAGUCAAGCAUUGAACCUUUAAUCUCAGAGAUCUGCGAGACAAAGUACAACGAAGAGCCCUCACAGCUACAGGAGUUAGUUGCUGUUGUGGAUCAGCUGACUCCAAUUGAGAAGUAUGCUUUGAAUUAUUUAGAGCUCUUCCACGUUUCAGUUGAUGAGAAUGAGCCACGGUUGAAUGAGAUGGCUUUGAGAACUGCAAAGAAAGCAUGGGAAAUCCAGCAUAUGAGGGAGUUAAAGGAAAAAGAGCAAAAAUUGCUUUGGGAGGAUGAAGAGGAACUUCUAACCUACACUCGGGAGGAUGCAUACAACAAAGAAUAUAUCUAUGAAGGUCCAGAUGGGCAAACUGAAAUAAUGCCACUUUGGACUCCUCCCACUCCACCUCAGGAUGACAAUGAUAUCUACAUAGAUUCUGUUAUGUGCCUGAUGUAUGACACCACUCCUAUUCCUGAGUCGAAGCUGCCUCCAGUAUAUGUCAGGAAGGAACGUAAACGACAUAAAACAGAUCCAUCUGCUGCAGGUAGGAAGAAAAAGCAACGUCAUGGAGAGACAGUUAUUCCUCCUCGUUCACUUUUUGAUCGAGCAACUCCAGGAAUGUUGAAAAUGCGCCGAGAGGGCAAAGAGCAAAAGAAAAACAUCUUGUUGAAACAGCAAACACAGUUUGCAAAGCCUUUGCCGACUCUUGUCAAACCAGCUGCUGAGGCUGGACAGGAUAAUCCAGAGUGGUUGAUCAGUGAAGACUGGGCGCUUCUACAGGCAGUGAAGCAGCUGCUGGAGCUUCCCUUAAAUCUUGCUAUCCUAUCGCCAGCACACACUCCCAAUUGGGACCUUGUUAGUGAUGUUGUUAACUCAUGCAGCAGAGUCUAUCGCUCACCAAAACAAUGCCGAAACAGAUACGAGAAUGUCAUUAUCCCGAGGGAGGAAGGAAAGCUAAUGUACGAAGCUAAUCCUAAAAAGAAGACAAAAAGUAUUUAUAAGACUAAAAACAGUCGCCCGCUCCGUACCAAUCAGAUCUAUGCUCAAGAUGAGGGUGCAACCCACACACAACUUUAUACUAACCAUUUUGAGAUGAUGAAAAUGAUUGCAGGGAAAAGAAGUCCACUUAUCAAACCUCUACUUGGCAUGAAUCCUUUCCAGAAGAAUCCAAAGCAUGCGUCAGUGCUUGCAGAAAGUGGAAUCAACUAUGAUAAACCACUUCCUCCAAUACAAGUUGCAUCUCUCCGAGCAGAACGUAUUGCAAAAGAGAAAAAGGCUUUGGCUGAGCAGCAGAGGGCCCAGCAGCAGACGGGGCCGCAGGCACAGCAGCAGCAAGCUGGGCAGCAGCAGGCGCAGCAACCCGCCGUGCAGCAGGCGCAGGCCCAGCCGCAGCCGCAGGCACAGGUAGUUCAGCAGCCGCAGGCAGUAGUGCAGACUGCAGUAACUACUGUGGCCAACACAGCAGUAUUGGCGGGCACAAUCAAAACAGCAGUUACGGGGACGAGUAUACAGACUGCUACAGUGAGUGGAAAUGUCAUAGUGAAUACUGUUGCUGGAGUCCCUGCUGCUACCUUUCAGCCCAUCAAUAAACGUUUGGCCUCACCUGUUAUACCUGGAACCUUGACUACUUCGGGCGGCACUGCGACUGCACAAGUGGUUCAUACCCAGCAGCGAGCUGCGGCAGCGCCUACUGCUUCCACAGAGCUGGUGACCAUAGCAUCUACCCAGGGAGUUCGUGCAGUCACAUCAGUGACAGCAUCAGCAGUAGUAACUACAAACUUAACACCUGUGCAGACCCAGACAAGAUCUUUGGUGACUCAAGUUACACCAGCUACACCAACAGUCCAGCUGUCUGGCAAAACCAUCACCCCUGCUCACUUCCAGCUUCUGAGGCAACAGCAGCAACAGGCUGCUCAGGUGCAGGUUCCGCAGAUUCAGGCUCAGGCACAAGCCCAGUCUCCAGCUCAAAUUAAAACCGUAGGGAAAUUGUCCCAGGAGCAACUGAUCAAGUUGCAGAAACAGAAACUACAGCUUCCCCAGCAGCAGGCAGCGCAGCAGACACAGCAAGGGGCCCAACAGCAAACGGCACAAGUGCAAGUGCAACAGCAGCAGCAAACUCAGCAGCUCACUGCUGUUACAGCACCUCGUCCUGGUGCAGUUCUCACAGGUGCUGCUGUAACAAACCUUCAAGUUGCUCGUCUUACUCGUGUUCCUGCUUCCCAGCUUCAAGCACAAGGACAGAUCCAGGCCCAAACUCCGCAAGCAGCACAAGUUGCUUUGGCAAAGCCUCCUGUGGUGUCUGUUCCAGCUGCCGUUGUGUCAUCUGCAGGAGUCACUACGCUCCCUGUUACUGUUGCAGGCAUUAGUGUUGCCAUUGGGCAGCCACAGAAGGCAGCAGGAGGCCAGACGGUGGUUGCACAGCCACUGCACGUCCAGCAGCUUCUGAAACUCAAGCAUCAUCAAGCAGCACAGCAACAGAAAGCUAUCCAGCCUCAAGUUGCACAGGGGCAAGCAACUGUGCAGCAAAAGAUAAAUGCUCAACAGGUUACAGUCCAAGCCCAACAGCAGACUUCACAGCAGCAAAAAGUAACUUACACUACACAGCCUGCCAUUAAAACACAGUUCUUAACAACUCCAAUUUCCCAAACCCAGAAACCAGGUGGAACCCAGCAAGUGCAGGCCCAGAUUCAGGUACAGGUUGCAAAACUUCCACAAGUGGUCCAGCAACAGGCCACUGUUGCCAACAUUCAACAGAUGGUUUCAGUUUCCCAACAGGUACAAGCUCAACCCCAAACUGUGACACUCUCUCAGACGACAGCAGGUCAACAGCAGGUUCAGGUGAUCCCUGCAACGACUGCUACUGCUCAGGUCGUCCAGCAGAAACUGAUCCAACAGCAAGUUGUGACAACAGCAUCUCCUCAGAUUCAGGCUCCAGGUGUACAGAAUCCAGCCCAGGCACCAGCAACACCUGAAGCCCAGAAUCAGCAAGCAAAAGUACAAAUGAGGACGCCGACCGUCAGAUUAAAGGCACCUACUAAACCAAGCUGAACCAACGAUUCCAAUGCAAUAACAGGGAAACGCAGCGUUUCGUGUUUGCUAAGCCCAGUGAGACUCUACUCCAAACAUCCAGAUGAAGGCAAACCACCUCUGUUUUUCUGCUAGCAGGACUUUUGCUGAUGAACAUUUAAACGUGGAAACUCUCACAUAACCUCAGUGUAUUAGCAACUGUUUAGCACUCAGAAUCUGUAGGAGAUGCAUUCAGCCAGUGUUCUCUGUGCUCAUUCAAAACAAAAUGUUACUACGUUUAAAUUCUGCCCAGCUUCACAAAACCACAGUGCUGAUACCCCAUCAAUGUCAGUAACAUUCAUCUAUGUUAGUGUAGCACAAACUGCCCCCGGGAAGGUGCAGUUCUUUGCCUGUAGUUCGGAUGUGUGCUCAAUACCCACGGUGAAGCCAUUUGAAGAACCAAGUGUGGCUGACAGAGCAAAAUGUUUUCCGUCUGUGUAACAGCUGCGUGUUGCUCUCACUUGAGGUAAACACCUCUGGAAGAUAUGACGUGUUAGAAGUGCUCCCUGCAAAGUUUAGCCAAUAAAUGUGAAAACCUGUAAGUAUAUGUAAUUAAAAAGGGAAAAACAAAAAAAAAAAAGAGAAAGGUUUCAUUCUGCAUUUUUGUAAGUCUUUUAAAAUGUUUGUUAGUAGUUUUGUGUACAGUUUCCUGAGUCACCCAACCUGUGCGCUCAUUCUCAUAGUUCACUUGAAGAUAGUGGAUAUUUUAGGCAUGAACUGAGUCAAUGCUGUACUGAUAGUAGAUGUGUAUUAACCUGUAGCCCAUUUUUUUUUUUUUGGUAAAAGAAGUGUUAGAUGUGGAUCCAGCUAAACACAUCCUCCAUAGCUGUUUCUCAUGGGACUUCCAUCAAGGAAAAUCUCCCAACGGAUAAAAUGAAAUCUCUCAGUUUCAUUCUGCUCUUGCAACAUGUUUAAAUGUCCAGUACUUUCUACUCAGCUUUCAGCUCG